AGAGAGAGAGAGAGAGAUAGUGAUUCAUCCUUCUCAACAUUAAGAUAAGAUAGUUUUUAUUGUUAUAUAGAGAAAGAGAUAUUUUUCAUUAUGUUUUUGAGAAAAACACAACUUUGUCAUUUCACAUUUUUCAUACUCUCAAUUUUCAUAAUAACUUUUAGCAGUACUAUUGCUUCAUCCAUUACAUGUAGAGACAGUAGUAGGUGUGAAAUUUUACCUGAUUCUAACAGUCAGGUUAAGGAAAUUCAACAAGGAAUUGUGUCUCACAAAAAAUCAGAUGCGUCAAAGGUAUUGUCGUCAAGGAGGUUUCUUACCCCGAUUGGAUCACAUGCUCCAACUUGCGUAAACAGUUGUGAAACUUGCACUCCCUGCACACCAGUUCUUGUUCCAGGCCCCCCACCAGAAUCAGAGGUGUGGAAGUGUAAAUGCAAGGAUAAGUUAUACGAUCCAAUUGGUUAAUAUUUAUUGAUCUUUAUGUUUUAAGUAAUUUGAUCAAUUUACGAUUAAUAAUUGAGACUCCUCUCUAUGAUAAGUAGAGUCUUCUUUUCAGUUAUAUUUAUGGGUUCUCCAUGCUUAUGAAUGUUGGGUUUAUGGGUUUUGAGUUUAUUUUACACAUUGAGCCUUUUCCCUCUUUUGUUGCAAAGAGUUAAAUAAAUUUGGGGAAAGAAAUUGUGUAAUGAGUUGAAUAUUAGUUAUUUUACAAUUUAAGUUUUUA